AUGGGCAUUUGUCAAAAAAAAUUAAUUCAAAGUUCCAAUAUUAAACAAAUUGGACCUACUGAUUUAGAAACCUAAAUUACCAUGAUUAAAACCCAUCAUUUUGAUAAGAACACACAAUCCUACUUAGUGAAGGAUGGUUGUGAUUAAAAAGAAAAGAUAAUGACAGUAGUACAAAAAAUCAAUGAUGACCAAUUAAAAUUUAUUAUGAACAUAACCAUUUAAAAUAUACAUAAAAUAGAAAAAGUAUAUUAAACUGAUUCCUAUUCAAUAAUAUUUCAAUCAAAACCAUAGGGUUUGUCCAUUUUUGAGUAUUGCCUUAAGAAAGAGUCCUUUGAUGAAUUAUCGGCUAAAUAAUUAUUCAAAUAAUUGAUCUAAACUUUAAAGAUGUUAAAUGAUUUAAAAAUUACAUAUUAUUUGCAAUCUCCUAAUCAAAUUCUAGUGACACCUGAAGGGAAUGUUUUAUUGAAUGGAAUUUAUAUCAAAUAAAAAAAGGAAUCAUUUACCAUAUCAAUCUUUAACCCUCCUGAAACUGAAUAAUCGGAUAUCGAGAAAUUAAACGUAUGGAAAUGCGGAAUUCUACUUUACAUUUUAUUGAAAGGCUCCUUACCUAAUAAAUAUAAAUAUCUAUAUCCUUAUACAGUGAAGGACUUGCAAAAAUAAAUAUUAUUUGACCCUGAAGAUCCCACAAUUCCAUUUCUUUAAAGAAAAUUAUUGAUUGAAAUGUUGAAUGAAUAACCUGAAUAGAGAUUGAAUUACAAUUAGAUAUUACACAAUUAAUGGAUUAUUGGAAAUUCAACCAAUGUAACUCCAAGAUAAGUUAUAAGCAGAGAAAUCGUUUAAUUUGACAAAUAUUUAUUAUAAUGCAUUUAACUUGAUUAAUAUUUAAAGGAAUUCAUUGAAACCCAUACUUAUCUGAAUAUAAGACAUGAUAUGCUAUUAUAAUCUUUUUCAAAAUUUGACUUAAAUAGAUCUAAAAAGAUUUAGCGAAAAGAUAUAAAUUAUAUAAAGUAAGUCUUAAAAAAUGAGGCAUUGAUUCUCAGUAUUUUAUACUUUAGUGAAUCCAAAACCACCUUUGUUUAUGAAGAGUGUCUUUAAUAAUGGGAAUAGUAAAUAAGGUAAUAGAAAUUAGAAAAUCUUAAGUCUUGUUUUCCUAAUUAGGAAGUCAAAAAAUCAUAAGUUGUUAAUUAUUUGUAACCAAAAAGGAAGAAAUAUGAAGAUGGAUUAAUCUUAAGUGACAAUUCUUAGAUGAUUACGAAUCUAACAAAAGAUAUUUAUCAGUUUGAUGAGUUUAUUUUAGAAGUUUAGAAAGGAAUUAAUGAAAAGGCGAAGGACUAUGUUAAGAACUAGAGAGUUUUUAUUAAGUCAGAAGAAAUUUAAUAGGAAUUUAAUCAAUUAUUAAAUAUGUUAAAAGCUGAUAAAGAAUAUUAGUCUAAUAAAAUCCAGUAAAAUGGGAUCAAGCAAAUCUAAUAAAUUUUAGGAAAGAAUACUAUGUUGAAUUUAGUAUUGUAAAAAGAAAUAAUAGAUCAUUUAGAAUAGUUUGAGAAAUAAGAUCAAAAAAAGAGUUAUAAAUAAUUAUUAAACUAAAUGAUAAAUAAAUUAUAAUGA